AUGACUACCCACGUAUCGUACCGAAACGCCCUCAAGGCUGGAUUAAUGGCACCAGACGACUUCGACACUACUGGUAGUCUCUUCUUGGCGUACGCGUACCCUGAGCACGCAAUGUGGCUCGAGGACUGGGUCUCCUUUUUCCUCAUCAACUUCUUUUUCCUCCACGCCACCAUCUACCUCUUCUGCCGCUUCGCUGGCAUAGUCCCAGCAAAGCGUGACCGCUUCCGCUCGAAGAUGGACCAAUUCCUCGCCUCUUUCGCCGCUUUUGUCAUCAUCAAGGGCCAUGUCGUUGGCUGCUUCUCCGCGCUCCCAUUCCUCAAUCGGCACGUCGUGUCCCCCCUCGUCGUCGCCCUCACGGCCAUCUUUGGAGCUUUUGUCACCGCCCUCAGUGUCCUUUUCGAAGCCUUCGUCGCCGCCCUCUCGGUCCUUUUUGUCGCCCUUGAUGCCACGCUUUCUGCCCUUUAUGAAGAAUUCAUCACGAACGUCUCCGCCUUCGUCGACGACAUCCUCACCACCCUCCGCGUCGUCACUUGGAUCGUUAAAAACACCGACGCCGCCCUUUUCAUCCUCAUCAUCGCCAUCAUCCUAGCCCUCGUCGUCGCCACCCUCGCCCAUGCCUUCUGGACCGACCCGUUCCGCUCCCGACCGAGGAUCGCGUGCUACCACUGCAACCGCCAGAUCCGCCCCUCCGCGCUGCACCUCUUUGCCCUCGCCGCCACCGGCACCAAGACGACGUGCUCGCACGCUUGUGCGGCUGAAGUCGCCUUUUCCCGCGAGCUGCACUACGCCUCAUGCCACCCAGACGUGGACGUCAACUUCCGCGUCUGUGUGGCACGGGGCGUAGUUGGUGGGCUCGAGAAGUGGGAGAAGUUGGAGGAAGCGGAGAGCGCGUGGGUGGAGAAGGGGGUGAUGUCCCGGGAGAGGUGGGAGAAGAACCGCGCGCUGAGGGCACCGUUCCGGGCAGAGUUGGCGUUCAGGCACAACUUGUGGCUUUUGGGGGCUCUUAAGGCCAUUAUCGUGGGCUUGUUCGUGGCCGCGGCGUGGCAGGGGACGUGGGAGGUGUUGGAGGAGGUGUUUGAGAUGUUGUGGGAGGCUUCGUGCUUGUCGUGGCAGCUGGUGGCUUGCUUUUGUUGGUUUGGGUGGUUGAUCUGCGGCGUCUUUGGGGAGUUUUUCGGGUUCUAGUGGACGUCUUGGGGCCUUUCUUCUUGUUUUUAUGACUUUAUGGACCCCCUAGGAGUGGUUGCGGUAGCAGCUACGACACGUAGGGGCUUUAGGGAUAGUAUGGGGUUUUGUUACUUGUUUGAACUUCAUUCAAUGGCUGUGAAUACUACUUGGAAAUGACUGCUAUCUUUAUCUCGGAUUGUAC